UUGUGAGUGUGUGUUUGUGUAUUACCUCUAAUAUUUGUCCAUGUCGUACUGCACAUAUCGAUGCACGAGAUCGUAGUGAAUCAGUUUCUUCUGAAGAGUUCUUGAAUUUUUUUUUUACGCUGCUGCUGGUGGUGACAUUGCCUACGCCGGUGCCAUUUGGAUUAACAUGAUAGAUAGGAAACGAAUUGUCUUAGCGGUUAUGCUCCUUCUUUAUGAAGGUGCUCUAUGUAUCAAACACCCAGAACCUUACUAUGGGAAGGAAAUAGGUACCCUGAAAAAUUUCGCCCAUGGCAUCACGGGAAAAGCCUAUGCUAUCGAUGAAAGUACAAUUUUCAUAAAGAAAUUUUCUUAUGAUGGCAUGGGACCUGAUGCCUAUUUUUGGGUUGGAAAUUCUCCUAGGCCAAGUCCUGAGGGUAUUAUUGUACCGUAUCCAGAAGAUUACAACGGGAGCAGAGAUCCCCCGGUAUUAAAGGCUUACAAUAAUACGGACGUGAUCCUCAGGCUGCCGGGAGGGAAGAGAAUCAGGGACAUCAGAUGGCUCUCGGUAUGGUGUAGGCGAUUCACCGUUGAUUUCGGAGAGGUAUUCAUCCCUCACAAUUUGGAGGUUCCAAAGCCUCGAGUAUUACCAGAAUUUAAACGAUUGGCACAUGGUCUGAGAUCUGACAAUAUAAGUAUACUUGAUGCAAAGACUUUUUACAUACCAAAUUUACACUACGACGGAGCUGGACCGGACGCUUAUUUUUGGGUAGGGAAUGGAUCAGAACCCACACCAUACGGCAUCAAGGUUCCAAAUGAGAUGGGUUCACUCGAUGUACUCAGGGGAUACCAAGGAGAAGAUAUUGAAAUACAGUUACCAGGAUCACUUACAGUUUACGAUGUCGAUUGGUUAGCAGUUUGGUGUGUGCGAUACAGGCACAACUUUGGGCAUGUUAUUAUACCGAAGGAUUUGGACGUACCACCGGCUCUAGGACAAACGAAAAUUUCACCGCCAUGGUGGUAUAAUCCUACGAGCACAACUCCCAAACCUACAGGCGCUACAAACUGCAGAGAGUUCUUGGAGAAGAGGUUGCAAGUUAAAUGGGAGAUAAUUGGUGAUUCUAUCGAGAUUACACUUUCUGCUAAAAUGAGGGAGGACCAAUAUGUCGCAUUCGGUUUAUCGGGAACAGAGGGAAGUGCCCAAAUGGUCGGUGGAGAUGUUACAGUGGCGUUUUACGAUACCGACAGCAGAACUUUCAAAGCAAUCGACUAUUACAUGACUCACACUGCACAGUGCGACGGUAAAUCCGGAGUUUGUCCUGAUGAGAGAAUAGGAGGACGAAACGAUGUCACCUUAAUUUCUGGGAGAAGAGAUAAUGGAGUUACCACCAUCAAAUACAAGAGAUUGUUGCAGACGAACGAAGCAGUCAAUGAUAAACCAAUCCCGUCCAGUGGUGAGGUGAGCGUUAUAGCAGCUUUUGGUCCGUUGAAUUCAAGAAAAGAAGCAAACGCUCACUCCAUGACCGAUAAGACGAAAGACGAUUACAAAAUAGAUUUCAGCUCAAUGGAUGACAAUGAUUGCUCCGUCAGUUUGGUCGAUUUGGUUGACACUAACGGUCCUAAGCCCUGGCCACCAGCAACCAUCAUUGGCGAGAAUACCCUUUACGCUAAAAUUGGACCCACCGGCGGUAAAAGGGGAUAUUCAGCAGUAACCCACUACCCCUCUUGGGGUAUCGCCUGGUACAUCAACGAUCUACUGAUUCCAGAGAUCCUGGUCGAGCGCGGCCAAACGUACACUUUCAUAGUCGAGGGAGGCAACGAUAAAACCAACCCCUCGAAAUAUCAUCCCUUCUACAUAAGCGACUCGCCGGAGGGUGGUUUCGGACAAAAGAGUCCGGAGGAGCAAGUGAAACAGAAGAUUUACGCCGGUGUGGACUAUGACGCGAAUGGUAUACCCUAUCCAACAGCGGCUGGCAGAUAUUGUGAAUACGUCCAUAAAUCCAUCGACAAGUCCGCAGAAACCGAGACAUUCGAAGAGUACUUCAAAACUCUGAAUCUUGAAUGCGAAGAUGGCGAACCUGCCUUCUUCAACUGGACCGUGCCGAUGGAUGCUCCAGAUCUGCUUUAUUAUCAGUGUUAUACUCACAACAACCUAGGUUGGAAGAUGAAAGUUGUCGAUCCAGGAUACAACUCCCAACAUAACGCCAAAGACAAGGCUAUCAAUCUUCACCCUGGUAUCUCCGUUCUAAUUGUUGUAAUGAGUUUUUCGACAAUAAUAUCUUAUACCGACUCUAAAUGUUAUAUUUUCUAAGAUUCUUUACAAUUGAAUAUUACGAGUAUAUUGUUUUUAUAUGAGGACGUUAAGAGUAAUAUUAUAUUAAAUGUGUUGACUGAAGUUCGUGCGACAAUAAAAUUUAACGAUAUUUACAAAAUAGUAAUUAUAUAGGUACAAGGAGUAUCCAAAAAAUAUGGAGUCUAUAUCUAUACAAACAUCACUGAGAAUUACGGAUCUCUACCUUUGAAAUGGGGUGAUUCAAAAAGCCUUUGUAAUGUUUUUUCAAUUUGUCCAUAAAAGUUUAGGGUGUCCCAAAUUCGUUGUCUAGUGAAGAAUCCCAGAAUCCCUAGAUCUAUUAAAAAAUGACUUUAUUUUGGGGAGAAUCAAUUCGGAGAAAACUGAAAUUCUUCUGUUUUCGAGCUAUAAGAGAAAAUUGGAAAAUGGCGUGAAAUGAAAAGUACUCAAAACUCCUUUGCUCCUGGUUUUAUAACCCUAAAAUAAAAACAAUCUCCGGAUUUAACCCUGUUAGAUUUUUUUCAACAUUUCAAACUGAUAAAUUUGGUCAAUUUAAAUGUGAUCAACAAAGGAAAAAAUCUAACGGUGUUGAAUCCGGAGAUCUUGGUGGCCACCGAAUAUUUUAAUUAUCUGUUCACAGAUUAUCAUAGAUGGCCAAAUCAGUUGAUUUGGCGUGUGAAACUGAAACUUUUGGUGAUUUUAUAGUUUGAUAAGAAAUUUCUAUAUCAUGUUAUACAGGGUGAGUCAAAAAUGGGUAUGGAUGAACAUUGAGAAAUAAGUAUAGUUUGAUGAAUAAACGUAUCAUUUCGAGUAAUUUGGUUCAAAAUUUUUUAUCAAACCUCUUUUUUUUCACAUUAUAGAUAGAUAUGAGUGAACAAUGACGUCAAAAAAAUGCAAAAAGAUGCAGGAUUUGAGGCAUUAUCUGACUAGGGCGUAGAUUUUUUUUUCGAUUUUCGAUUCAUUUUUUUCCAGCUCAAAAGGAUUCUGAGAUCCCCUACUAGACAACGAAUUUGGGACAGCCUGUACAUGAAUCAACACAAUUGGUUUGUUCAUAAUAACCCGAAUAAAAUGUUUUUUCACUGGGUGAAUCUGUACAUAUCAUUCGUAAAUAUCUCAUGUAAUAUCCGGAAUUGUUAGAAGUAAACUCAUUAAAUUGAACUUCUAGAUCAUCUAGUCAGUCUUUUCGCUAGAAUAUCAACCCUUAGCUUUUGCAAAACGUUUCCGAUAUUUUUGAUUUGGACGUGUACGUAUUUAGAAUUUUGAAAAAUUAGGAUGUAUUCGAAGUCAAUUUUUACAACUCUGACAAUAAUAUUUCAUCUGAUAUCUAUAUAUCAUUAAUUAUGUAAAUGUAUAAUGUAAUUUUAAGCUAUAUGAUGUGAAAUAAUGUGCACAAAACCGACAAUAAUUUUGAAAUUUACAAAUGCUUCGAAUUGUGACAAUAAUAACGAUACGUUUUUAACAUUUAUAGUGCUUAAGGUAUCUACUGAAAUAAGAAUUUUUAUGGAAUUUAUGGCCUCUGUACUCGAGGAAUGUGAUUGGAGAAAAUGUGGCUAAAGUUGAGUUAAUCUGGAUUUAAACAAUUGUACAUUGAGAAUCAGUAGAUGAAUACGUGAAUAUACAGGGUGUUCCACCAUUGAUGCGACGCUGUAUAACGGUUAAGCGCUGAAAGUUUCGAAAUUUUCAUUCUAAAAUUGUUUGGAAAUACACAGGGUGUACUAAAAAAGUGUAAGUGAUCAAACAUAUGUUUUUUCUGAUGGAACAACGUGGUUUUUAUCGAAUUUUCAGAUUGCACGAAAUAAAUGAACCCAAGUUUGUUCGAAAAUACGUAUGCUUAAAACCAUAGAGUAAUAAACAUAGAUAGAGGGAGUAGACGCAAUUUUUAAAUGUCUCCAACACGGUUAGAUUACGUUGUCGGAUUGUGGUAUAUUUUCAAAUCCACAAUUUUAAUAUAUCCUUAUGAAUGUAUAUUAUAUUGAAUGAUAUACAGGGUGGCCAUUUGAAAACGAA